AUGUCCUUAACCCUAAAACGACCACCACCGGUGAAAGUACCCUUGCCGCGACCAACCGUAUCGGAGUACGAGCGUGGGAACUCACUACCACUACUCGCAUCAACAUUACAAUUCCUACCAAUCCAGACAUCACCAAAAGAAGAAAAAGAAGAAAAAAAAGAAAAAGAAAAACCAAAGAAACGUUCAGUGAUGAUGGUUUAG